CCAACACCAUCCCAGCCUGUGCACAGAUAUGGACCGUUGGGGGUCAGUUCUAGUGCCCGGUGGUUCUAUAAAAUGCAGCAAUAAGACUGCCUGCGACAUCAGAAGCAUUCCGGCUAAACAACAGUGGUGCACAAUGCUUACGGACGUGAUUGCGCUGGUGUUGGUAACCGUGCUGGUGGCAGCAUCUGCCGCAACCGUUGAUCCACGAUGUUCGCGCUACAGUACGGGUAUGAAGGCGCAGGUGCUUUCGUACCCGCAGGAUUGCCGCAAGUUCGUUAUCUGCGAUAUGGGCGGCAAUGGGCAGGUGUUGUCGUGCCCCCCGGGGCUAUACUUUAGCGAUGACGCGCAUGCCUGCUCGUUCGAUAUGGCGUCCUGUACGCACGGUGAGUUAGACGGUGAUCGACCGGAGCAGUCACAACCUCAACCAUCCAUGCCGGUGCAACCGCAGCCCGUCCCAGUGCCGGUACCGCAAGCUCCACAGGUUCUUCCGCAGCCCGUCCCUCUUCCGGCACCGCAAGCUCCACAGAUUCUUCCACAGCCAAUGCCUCUUCCGGCACCUCAACCGAUCCCACAACUUCCCGUCGUACCACCACCGGCAGUCGAGAUACCGGACGAGUCGCAGCCACAGAGUUGGCUACCGAUAGUGACCGCACCACCGACUGCUGCCGAACCCGUAGAAGAGCAGUCCGAAGUGGAGUCGCUUCCACCGCAGAGUGUUUGCUGGGAUAAGGCGGCCGGUAAGAUUUACCCGAUCGCGCACGACUGUGGCCUGUACGUGGUGUGCAUGGGCGACAACAAUGCGAUCGUGCAACGCUGUCCCAGGGGUUUGCUGUACGACCACAAGCAGCAGCGCUGCGAGUUUGCCGACGCGUCCAACUGUGCUGUACCGCGCGUCGAUGCCCAGCUGGCGCUGGAUGUGCACGGUGUCGACCUGAGCUUGCUGGAGGAAGAAGAUCGUUCGGAUUCGGUGGAGUCGGACGCCGAGCUGGUGGUGGUCCCGGUCAAGGAGGAUGCUGCCACGCGUGUUUCCGAACUGAUCCAGCAGGACUCGGUGCAACCGAUACUGAUUGUGCCCGAGCCGGAGCAGAACCGACCGGAACCGGUCGUCGAGUAUCGGUUCCGCAUGAUCGACAACCAUCCGCGCUGCCUGGUACGGAACAACAUUCACCUGACCGUGGAGCUGCCGCACGAUACCGACUGUUCGAUGUAUCUGGUGUGCGUGGGACGGGUCGCGAUCGAGAAGAAAUGUCCGGCCGAACAGCACUGGAACGCGAAGCACAACUGGUGCGAUUACGCUGCCGCCGCCGGUUGCGCCCUCUAAGUAUGGGAUGUUGAUGCGCCUCUUGAGUAAUAUAUGUAUUUGUAUACUGCACGUCCACGCCGUGCCAUUUUCGUUCUUCCA